AUGCCCACACAAGUUUCCUCCGAACUCGGGUUUUUAGCUCCCCCUGCAGCUGAGGGCCAAGCAGUGGGGGCAAUUUUAUCAGAACCAGAGCCCACAACGCAGACCACAGCACUCAAUCCCCGAACCUCCAACUGCAAGUCAGCCCUGGUCGGGAACCAUCCCGGCCUGUCAGCGUUCAGAACACUUCUGCCACCUACUGAGGGAAAGGUCUGGGACCAGGCUUUCGCAGAGUGCCAUCGUGUUGCCACAAGAAGCCCUAUUCCCCCCUAUGAAGACAUUAAAGGGGAACAAGAGCUGGUGCUAGAUUGCAUUGAACCAGACGUGGUGGAAGUGGGGGUUAGGAGAGUGGGGGUAGAAGACGAGGAAGAGCCCCAUCCAGUCGUGUCCUUACAGGGAGAGGGCCUGACAGGGGAACAGCAGAAAAAAAUGAACAGUCUUUUGGAUCGGUGGAGGAGCGUGUUUUCCCAACACGAAGAGGAUUUUGGCCGGACAAAUGCUGUAAAACACCAAAUCCCGACCGGCUCUGCCCCACCUAGCCGGGAGAGGUUGCCUCAGCUGGUCAUGGCAAGAACGGACAAUGUCAGCGUGGAAGACGGGGAGACUUGGCGAGAGCGCCAGGCCAAGGACCCAGAGCUCGUACAGAUACGGCAGUGGAAGGAGCAAGGGACCACAUGCCCAGAGGCAAGAGGCGAAAGAUCUUUGGCAGACCUACCACGAAAAGAUGGGCCACCCAAACAACGACCGGACCGUGGCAGCCCUCAGGCAGCGCUGUUACUGGCCAAGAAUGACUGA